UUUUCUAUAAUAUAGGAACAUUAUCAGUUUGUGGCAUACCGUAAGCUUAUAAUAAAUAUAUCUGGGAUAUUCACCAUUAAUUGAUGAUAGUGAGAUGUGUUAUCACAAUAACAUUGUUAACACCAUGAAAUUAAAAAAACGUGUGUUCAUAUUUUGAUCAUAGUGUUAAUACAGAGAACAAUUUAAACUUGUUUAAAUAAGUACAUAUUUAAUUUUAAAUAAGUUACACAAUGCCUAAAGUAAAAAAAGAAAAAGGACCUAGUGCCUAUGGCAAACAAGGCAUUAUGUUCAAGAAGGACUAUGGCCAACACAUAUUGAAGAAUCCUUUAAUUGUUCAAGGAAUGGUUGAUAAAUCUGGCUUAUUACCUACAGAUACAGUAUUAGAAAUAGGUCCAGGAACGGGUAAUCUUACUGUCAAACUUUUAGAAAGAGUCAAAACUGUUAUUGCUUGUGAAAUAGAUAUACGUCUUGUGGCCGAGUUGAAAAAACGUGUUAUAAAUACUCAAUAUCAAAAUAAAUUACAAAUUCGAGUUGGAGAUGUACUUAAAUCUGAAUUACCAUUUUUUAAUGUUUGUGUUGCAAACAUUCCAUAUCAAAUAUCAUCACCUUUAGUUUUUAAACUUUUACUUCAUAGGCCUUUUUUCCGGUGUGCUGUACUUAUGUUUCAAAGAGAAUUUGCAUACCGUUUAGUAGCUAAGCCUGGUGAUAAAUUAUAUUGUCGGUUAUCUAUCAACACACAGUUAUUAGCUAGAGUUGAUCUUAUAAUGAAAGUUGGAAAAAAUAAUUUUAGACCCCCACCUAAAGUAGAAUCUAAUGUAGUAAGAAUUGAACCUCGGAAUCCCCCACCCCCUAUUAAUUUUCAAGAAUGGGAUGGAUUAACUAGAAUAGCAUUUUCAAGAAAAAACAAGACCCUUGGUGCAAUUUUUAAACAAAAUGCUGUUGCUAUAACUUUAGAAAAAAAUUACAGAGUGUAUUGUUCUUUGAAAAAUCAGGAAAUACCAGAAAACUUUGACAUUAAACAGAAGUUGGAUAAUAUUUUGAAUAUGAAUAAUUUUUGUGAAAAAAGAGCAAGAAAAAUGGAUAUAGAUGAAUUCAUUGAGUUAUUGCUUGCUUUCAAUAAAGAGGGAAUUCAUUUUCAAUAACUUUUUUUUGUAUUU